AGGACUCCUUGUACUGCUGAGUUUUCCUUUUCCCUCUUUGUUUAUUUUUCUUGAAUGAUGUGAACAUGGAAUUGACAUUUAUUUAAAAGUUACUUUGACAAACAGCUCUCACAUGAACUGGAUGAAUUAAAAGAUAAAUCUAUGAUCUACUGCAUGUUUCCAUAAACUUGUUUAACACCACAUACUGAGAUCAUGUAAGUCUAAUUAAAAAUCAGAUAAAAGCUCUGACAUACUUUAUCUGAAUAUCUAAAUGUAUUCAGCUUCAUGUUUUUACUCCGCUGCAGUCCAGAGGGAAAUAAUGAACCUUCUAGUCCACUACAUUUAUCAAGCAGUGAAACUUUCUGUAACUCAUAAACUGAACUCUUGCAUGAAUAUUUUACACACCGGUAACAGUUUGGAAAAAUGUUGGAAAUACACUAAAACAGUAAUAAUCAGCACUGAGGGCUUGAGCUCUUACUCAAAUCAGUACAUAGUGACUUCAUCAUUCAUUUGCAAAGCUGUAUUCCUCAUUGUUGUUAUUUUUACAGAGUUUAUGAUCUGAAUAUUCUUCCUUUAUCGAGGUAAAGUCAUCCACAUUAACACACAACUGUUAUAUUUUACAGAUAUGGGAGGAGAAGAAUCCAAACCAGCCCCAGCCCCACCGCCACCCACACCCCCAGCCCCACCCCCACCUUCUCCUUGUUUAAGACAGCCAUGGAGGACUCUGCCGACGAGCACUGAGGACAAUCUCAACUUCAUGAAAUCUUACCAACCUCGAAAGAAAGGAGCCAGACAUCUCAGGAUUCUGCUUCAUGGACCGGUCGGUGCCGGCAAGUCCAGUUUCAUAAACUCUGUUGAAAGUGCUUUGAGAGGCGUUGUUACAAAUCGAGCUUUGACGGAUGCGACCUCUGGGAGCAGCUUCACCCUAAAGUACCAAACAUACAAAAUUCAAAAAGAUGAGCAGAGCUUCUAUUCUAUUGUUUUCAACGACAUCAUGGGCUUGGAGGCAAACCUCAACAACGGAGUCCAGGUGGAAGAUGUCAAACUGGCCCUGCGGGGACAUGUGAAAGAUGGUUACAAGUUUCGUACUAAUGGCCCACUGACAGAGAAUGACCCGGGCUAUGAAUCCAACCCCUCUCUGGAUAACAAAGUCCACGUGCUGGUCUGUGUGGUUCCUGUCAGCACAGUCUCUCUGUUAGAUGACAAAGUUGUGCAGAAGUUAAGAGAAGUCAGACUAGCUGCAAGUGAUCUGGGAAUUCCCCAACUGGCCAUCCUCACCAAAGUUGAUACAGCCUGUCCUGAGGUCAGAUCAAAUAUUCACAACUUGCACAAGAGCAAGUACCUGAAGGAAAAGGUGGAAAAAUUCAGUGCAAUGCUGGGAAUUCCCAUCAACUGCAUCUUCCUGGUGAAGAACUACGAGUCAGAAAUCAACACGAGUGACGACAUCAACGGGCCGAUUCUGACCGCACUGAGACAGAUGGUAAACUUCGGAGAAGACUACCUCAACUACAUGUAGGCCGUCUCACUGCUGAGGCAGUCAUUCAAU